AUGUUUACUCCAAAAUGGACGAAAACAAGAACAUCAAAAAUAUGGAUGGCAAUAAUUUCUGCGAGUGCAGGUGUUAGUGGGGCAUACUACAGUUAUUUUCAUGGCAAACCAAUUGAUAAUUACAAAUUUGAACAUGAUUUGGCUAAUAAGACAUACAUCGUUGUGGGUGCUUCUUCUGGUAUUGGCAAAGAAACAGCCAAAGAAUUGGCAAUGCGAAAAGCGAAAGUAAUUAUGGCUUGUAGGAAUAAUCGCAAGUGCAUUGAAGCUCGUCGAAACUUAGUAAUAUCAACGAAAAAUACGAAUAUUUAUUGUAGACGUUUAAAUUUGGAAGACUUUGAUUCAAUACGAGAUUUCGUUCUCCAACUUAACACAGGUAAAGGAAAUAUCGAGCGAAUCGAUGGUAUAGUAUACAGUGCAGCUACCGCAGAAUCUACUCGACAAACGAAUAAGCAUCAUAUUGAACGUACAUUUGCGACGAAUCAUUUGGGACCAUUUUUAUUAACAUCAUUAUUGUAUGAUCAAUUGAGGAAACAGUCAAGUCCGGUUCGCCUCGUAUUUUUAAAUACCUCGGAUUUAAAAUUAGAUGAGUUAAAUUUUGAUGACUUAAAUUCGGCGGACCUGACGAAAUGGCAAAAAUCUCCUGAGAAAGCCAAGAAAGAUGCUUAUUAUCAAAGUAAACUUGCUUUGACUCUAUUUGUGAAGUCGCUGUCAGAAAAAGUCAAAGGUACAAAUCUACGAGUUAUGAUGGUUGAUCCAGGCAGUACGAAAACUAACCUGUUUUAUCGUUUGGAAGUACCCGACGACCGAAUAUUUCUUGUACGAUGGUAUAAGUCUCUGAAAAGAUGGGUUUAUGGACUUAUUGCUGCGCAGUCGAUAAGCGAUGCCACUCGUCCCGUAUUAUAUGCACUUGCGGACGAGAAGAUGGAGAACGUGAACGGAAUUUUCAUCAACUCAAUUAGGAUCGAACUGCCAUGGCAUAAGCUAUCAUCGGAUGAGGAAAUUCUCAAUAAGUUGUGGCUAACGAGCGCUAAAUGGACAGAUACCGGUUUUCAUCUGCAACGUCUUCAGCAAGACUUAAAGAAACCAAAAUCCCAAGAAACAGGCACAACACAAGCUAGAAGGGGUUGGUUUUCGUGGCUUUAA